GCCUGCAGGCGUUUCACAAUCUGUCUAGAAGAUUUAGAAAAUUCGCUGGACACGUUUGACGGUGCACAAACACCCAACCACCAUGGAAUGGAUGCACCCAUCCAUGCCGUACGUUAAAUAGAUGGAGCUAUCCCUCGUUGCAGCCAUCACCACGCGCCCCUCUCCCAAGAACCAGACCUUAGAACAAUCAAAGCAAACCCAGCUCAUAGCCAUGGCCGGCGGAAGCUUCGCGGCUCUCUCCUGCCUCCUCCUCGCGGUGGCCCUGCUCGCCGCCACGGCGGUGGGGGAAACGAAGGAGACGCACCUGCGCGUGUUCUGGCACGACGUGGUGAGCGGCGGCCCGAACGUGUCGACGGUGGCGCAGGUGGCCCAGGGCCCGGCCUCCAACGCCUCCGCCACGGGGUUCGGCUCCGUCAUGGUGAUCGAUGACCCGCUCACCGAGGGCCCCGACCUGACGUCGAGGCUGCUCGGCCGCGCCCAGGGCACGUACGUCAGCGCCGGCAAGGACAGCCUCUCGCUGAUGAUGGCCAUGAACUUCGUGUUCGUCGGCGGCGCCUACAACGGCAGCAGCCUCGCCAUCCUCGGCGCCAACCCCGCCGAGCGCAGGGUCCGGGAGAUGGCCGUGGUCGGCGGCACCGGCGCGUUCCGGUUCGCGCGCGGGUACUGCGAGGCCACGACGCGGUGGUUCAACGCCACCACCGGCGACGCCACCGUAGAGUACAACCUCUACGUCCGCCAUGACUGAUGAGAUGUAUCGUGCUGCAUGCGUGCAGCCAUAGUGUUUCUUGUGGUUGAUUUUUUUUCUUACAAAUGUAGCAGUUCAUGAAUGCAUAUUUUCUUGCGAGAUGGUGCAGAAUAAUGAGGGAUUUGUAACAUUUGACUAUUCAAAUAAAUCUCGUCUUUCAUUCCUUC